GUUGCAAAGGAAGUCACUUUUGUAACAACAGUAUCCCUAUGAUCCAAGUCUACAUGGAUGGCGUGAUCAAGGAUUUGUGGAAGUGCACAUAGCUACCAAAUGUUACUUUAUGUCAGCGAAGACAAAACGACAAUUCAGUGUCUAUGCAAGGAAACAUUAGAUGACCGCCGUCUGUGUUCGUUGUAUGAUACAAGCUCCUCGGCUAGCGUUAGCUUCUGCUUGUCUUCUGGUAGAGGCGUGUUAAAAUGACAUUUUCUCGGGAGAUCAAACAUUUGCAGAAAGCCAGGAACAAAGCACAGAGUAAUCAUAAUUUGAGGGAAGAGGCCAGUCUUUGCAAUCAAAUUGGAGAAUUGUUGGCUAGAAAUGGUGAUUACCAAGCUGCCAUUGAGGAGCACAGGCGUGAGCUGGCCCUAUCGGAGGCCCUGGGAGAUGUGAUUGGCUCUGCAGUGGCCAACAGGAAAAUUGGAGAAUGUUUCGCUGAGAUCGGGAAGACUGAUUUGGCUUUGAAGCAUCAAAGGAAGCACCUAGACCUGGCACGCUCUGUCAACGAUGCCGUGGAAGAACAGAGAGCCCUGGCCACCAUUGGCCGAACGUACCUCUUUCGUUACGAGGCGGACAAAUCGCAAGACAGUCUGGACCAGGCGGAGAGGGCGUUCAGGAAGAGCCUGGACAUUGUGGACAGCCGCCUUGAAGGUGUUUUGCCUCCCCGGGAGCUGAGCGAAAUGAAGGCUCGGCUUUUCCACAACCUGGGCUGCAUUUACGACUACCUGAAGGAUCCGCAGCAAUGCGUCGAGUACAUCCGCCGCAGUGUCUUCAUCUCAGAGAAAAACAAUUUCUUGGAGGAUCUGCAGAGAACCAACUCCCUGAUGGCGAGGAUUCACUUUCGUAACGGCCAGCACUCUCAAGCCAUGCGCUGCCAGGAGCAGGCCAAGGAAUGUGCCAGAAAGAUGAAGGACAAGUUUGGAGAGGGCGAGUGCCUCUGCAGUAUAGCCGAGAUCCAGCUGUGUUUGGGAGACUUCCUGGCAGCGCGUCGUUCCCUGAAGAAAGCCUUCACGUUGGGUUCCCAGCAACCUGCCGACCGGGAGGCCGUCAAGAGGGCCUUAAAACAAGCCAUUCGCGGUGUCCAUCUGCAGGAGGCGGUGGCGGAGUUGAGGGAGGACCAGACCCAUGAGGCCUUGGGCCUGGCGGAACAGCUGGGUGACCUCUACUCCAAGGUCGGCUGCUACAAAAAGGCUCUCGAAUCCUACCUCACGCAACUGUCCAGCGCCAAGACCCUGGGGAAGUCCAGUCGGGAGCUGGCGGUGAUCCACGUGUCUCUGGCCAUGACCUACACGGACCUGCGGCAGCACAGCAAGGCCAUCGAGCACUACGAGCAGGAGUUAGCCCUCAGGCAGGGCAACCCCAGAGAGGAGUGCAAGACGUGGUUGAACAUAGCAGCGUCUCAGGAGGAGGCUGGGGCUGCAGUGGAUGACCUGGAUGAGAGCUACGCCUCAGCACUGCGCUGCGCUGAGAAGGAAAGACCCUCCUCAACAUCACUACAGAAACGUGUGCUGCGUCAGUGGCUAACAGUCCAGCGGCGCUUGGGCUCGGCCCACACUGGCGACACGCGCCGGCGAUUGGAGGAGGUGUGCUCCGCUGCGGGGCUGGACCCCGACAACAGCGAUGGAGAGGAGGAAGAGGAGGAGGAGGAGGAGAACAGCGAGCCCCUGGAGGACAGCGACAUCCAGCUGUCAGACUCCGAUGAGGACCCAGAGGAGUAUGACAAGAUGUUGUCUGGACGGAAGAAGCCUGGCCGGUGGAACAGGCGUAAUGAGAAGGGCGAGACGUGUCUGCACAGGGCCUGCAUCGACGGCAACCUGCGGCAGGUGAAGCUGCUGUUGGAACAGGGACACCCGGUCAACCCCAGGGACUACUGCGGAUGGACCCCUCUCCAUGAGGCCGCCAACCACGGCCACCAAGAGGUUGUUGGCAUGCUGCUGGAGCGGGGCGCAAACAUCAACGACCCCGGCGGCCCCAUGUGCGAUGGCGUCACGCCGCUCCACGAUGCCCUGAGCUGCGGACACUUCGCUGUGGCCCGACUGCUGGUGGAGAAGGGGGCCUCCGUUAAAGUGCGAAAUGCCAAGGGUGAUACUCCGGUGGACAGUCUUCGUCAGUGGUACAGGACGUACAGCAGAGAGUUGGACCCCAGCACCAAGCAGGAGUGCUCUGACACGGAGAGGCUGCUGAAGAAGGCCCUCGCAGGAGGAGUGGUCGCUGCACCAGUCAUCCCUAGGCCCCAGGCUCCGCUGUUGGACAGUCAGCUGUUUGAUGCGGAGAACUCUGAGCCGCUCCUGUCCUCCAUGCAGCGCUCCCCGCCACCUCGUCCCAGGAGCCCCGAGCGUCGUCAAGCCCCGCCCAGCACACAGCGCAGGCAGCCAACCAGCGCGGCCCGGCGCCACAGAGGGACGGAGGACGCCAUUUUGUUUGGGGCUGAGAGCAGCUCCUCAGAUCAAAGCGACUGUGAGGAGCCCAUCAGUCCCCUGCGGCCCGUCAGGCCCAGACUACGUUUCCCAGCAGCCCCGUCACCUCCACAGGUUACCAGACCUGAGGAGGAGGAAGAGGAGGAGGAGACUGCUCCCGUUGCCAUGCCCACCCGGGAGCCACCCCCCACCACAGCCACGUCCAGCACCUCCUCCGGCCUCUCCUCCGGGAGAGAGGAGUACCGCCAGGCCAUCAAGAACCUGGGCAGCGCCCAGAACCGCCUCCUCUCCCAGAGCCUAUCGGAGCCCGCGUUCAGCAGCACGCCGGCCCUGUCGGCCAAUGAGAGGGCAGCCCUGGUGCCGGAGAACGAGUACCUGGCAGACGAUUGGCUGGAGGAUGACCUGGGGGAGAUGCAGCCCAAGAAGAAGAGGAAGAUGGGGCCCGAGCCGGAGAGGAGGAGGGAGAGCAGCAGCAGGUCCACUUUCUCGGCCUCCACUUCCUCUGAGUCCUCCAACAGGGUUCGCUCGUCCUCCAGCAGGGGUCUCUCCCUGAAGCGGAGCCAGGCCAAGGCGGCGCGGCAGGUGAAGAUGACCCAGCUGUCCGGCAUGGUGAUGCUGGGACGCCGCGAGGUCAGCAGGUCCCCCAGCCCCACCAUCCCGCCGGACGACGAAGCCCUGCCCUUUACCACACCGCACCACCAGCAUCAGCACCAGAACCAGAAACAGCACCAACAUCACCAGCAUCAACAUCAGCACCAACACCAGCUCCAGCACCACUCACUACCAGCCAGGACUCCUGCGCCGGCCUUUGCCCCUGCGAUGCCUGCACCAAUCAGAAUGAGAGUCAGGGUUCAGGACAACGUGUUCCUCAUUCCCGUUCCACACAGCAUAGCUGAGUCCUGCACAGUGUCCUGGCUGUGCGAGCAGGCUGCCCAGAGGUACUACCAGACCUGCGGCCUCCUGCCACGCCUCUCCCUGCAGAAAGAGGGCGCUCUCCUGGCCGCGCAGGACCCCCUCCUGGCCGUCCUGCACACCAACGAGGAGGUGCUGGCUCAGGUGUGUUCGUGGGACCUGCCCCCUCUGCCUGAGCGCUACCAGAAGGCCUGCCGCAGCCUGGCUGUGGAGGAGAGUGCCCGUGUGUUGCGUCUGUGUGAGGUGCAGGAUGGGGGCUCCUCGGUGAGCGUGUGUGGCCUGAGUCUCUCUCCCCCGGCGCUGGCCCCCCUCCUCCGGGCCCUCAAGCUCCAGGCCAGCCUCACCGAGCUCCGGCUCUCAGCCAAUCGCCUCGCAGACGCGCUCCUGCCUGAGCUGAUGGCCGCCGUGGCAACCAUGCCCAAGCUCCGCCUACUGGACGUCUCGGCCAAUCUGAUCACCGGGGAGGGACUGAAGAAGGCAGCCGAUUCGCUGGAUGGGAAGAGUCAGCCUGCCUUCCCAUGUUUGGAGGAGUUGGAUCUGAGCAUGAACCCGCUGGGUGAUGGUCAUGCUCAGUCUCUGUCGUGCCUGCUGUCCUCCUGCCCGGUGCUGGCCUCUCUCUCCCUGCAGGGCUGUGGCCUCACCGCUCGCUUCCUCCAGCAACAUCGCCUCCUGCUGGCCAGCGCCCUCGCCGGCACUGGUCACCUGAGGUCCGUGUCCCUCUCCCAUAAUGCACUGGGCUCCACUGGCUUUGAGCUGGUGCUGAAGACGCUGCCUCUGCACUGCCUCUCCCACCUCCACCUCUCGGCCGUCUGCAAGGGGCCGGCCGACCAACCAGCCCUGGAACUGCUGGUCACCCUCCUCACUCAGGGUGACUGUGCCCUUACCCAUCUCGGUUUGGCCAGCAAUGGAUUAACCGACCACAGCAUCGCAUCACUGUCCAGGUGCCUGCCUGUCUGUCCUUCGCUGGUGUCUCUGGAUCUGUCGGCCAACCCUGACGUGACGUCAGCCGGACUUCACAGCCUGCUGGUGGGCCUGCGAGACGCCCGGCGCCCCCUCACCCACCUCAACCUCCAAGGUUGUCAGGUUGCUGGUCCGUGGCACGCGGUGUCCCUGGAUGACCUGGCGGAGCUGGUGCAGGACCUGCGCCUGUGCUCCAAGAGACUCAACAAGCUGGACCAGCAGACCCUACAGCAGAGCUGGCGGCAGCAGCAGCAGCAGCAGCAGCUGGGUGACAGUGGCCAGGUACAUGGGGGCAGUAGCCAGGUACUGCUCCGGCACGCCAAGUGCAUGAUGACCACCAAUGGUACAAUAUGUACAUGCCUGCAGUACACAACUUGCUGUCAACUUGCUACAUAGACUCUGUCCCACUCUGCAGCAGGGGGGUGGCAGUGGCCAGGCAUUGGGGGUCAGUGGCCCAGUGGCCAGGCAUUGGGGGACAGUGGCCAGGUACAGGUGGGCAGCAGUAGCCAGGUACUGCUCCGUCACGCCAAGUGCAUGAUGCAGUACAUGCCUGCAGUACAUAACUUGCUGUCAACUUGCUACAUAGAUAGACUCUGUCCCACUUUGCCAAGGUGGUCAGGAUGUGGCCCAACGUAAAUUAUGGCACCACCAGAAAGACUUGAUCGUUCACGACGUGUGCAUUUCUUUAGUAGACCACUGUAUGCCAUGUACUGUAGACACCAGUGGCGGAACAAUUGCACACAGGGCCCCAGUGCAAAACACUUAUCUGGCCCCCUGUAUGGCCUGACAAGACCACAAUUGGGCCCCACUACCAAUGCAAGAGUGCCCUGGGCCCAGGGGCAAAUGCCCUGCUCGCCCUCCCUAUAGCUCCGGCCCUGGUAGACAUACACACAGGUGAUUCCCCAUCAAGCGAAGUGCAUGAUGGCUACCACUGUGUAAAUCCUACCAAGGCUCUUAAUUAACACCAGCCAACUGGCCAAAUGCUGGUGAUAUUUCAGUUUCAAGCAACUUAUUAUCCACUUCGACCCAUUAGUGAGAGUGUAUUUGUCUAGAUUAUUAGAAUAUAAUCUACAGGUACAAGACAUUUUGGCUGGUGACAAAAAAAAAGUUCAUUUAGAGCCCUGAAUGCUACCAUCACAAACAGCCAAUGGGGAUUAAAACAUGGACACAGACUUAUGAACAAACUCCCCCAGAAACUGCAAACGGAGGUGAAAACAUGAACACAGACGUGUACAUUUCUGUCUGCUGCAAAGGCUCUUGCUGGUGCUGUUUGACUUGAGGUUUUCAAUAUGACUCCACUGGCUCUAUGUAAAAUGACCCCAUCAGAAAUGUCCAGCUGAGGUAGAGCAUGUGCUGUCUGAUACAUGGAUUCUCUUGUGCUGUUCCACUGAAGACUGUCUGAAUUGGCUCCAUCCUGGUCUUAAUGUACAGAUGUACAGAAUUCUACCUGUGUAUUAUGUGUUUUUGUACGUGUUUUUGUGUGUAUUUAAGGGGUUUUGAUUCAAACUCUUUUUUUGAAUGAAAUUAAACAUUAUCUGGUGAUACUGCA